UGUGUAGUAGUAUCAAUCAAAACGUCAGCCGCCCAACUUAUAUUUCGCAGACUUUUGCUUCGCCAAGUGGAACACACGGAUCGUAUCGCGCGACGGCGACCAUAGCUUUUCUUUCGAUUUUUCUGCUACUGCACGGAUUGUUUCAAACGGAAAGCUAACGGAAACAAAAGUGUACGAGCUUCAAUAUAUCGUGAAGCCUUUGAGUUUGAGACAUACAGUGUUUUUUGAUCUUCUGGCUCUGACGCUGUUUGCUAGCAGAGCAGUAAUCACAAUUAUAGGGAAAGAGAUACGACAGAGAGAACCUCAGAACGAACAGUUCAGUGAAAAAAACCCGAGAAAAUUUCAAUGUACAAUACACCACCGAGCGGAAAAGAAGACGGACCAAAGGAAACUAAUUGAAUACGACUGAUGACGAUAACAUUGUUAUUUUGUUGGUAGCUUGUUGAGCAUCGGAUUCGUUUAGGCUAUUUUUUUUCGGAACGUUACGUGAGAUAUGUGCUGUUAAAAAUAAGCAUCCCGAUCCCGUGGUUUAGCAUAGAAGAAGGGGUGGAAAAAGCAAUUACAUGGUUCCUAUCGCGAAAAACUUAUAACAAGUAGAGAGCAAAAACAAAACCUGAUACUGUUGCGGAGGAGGGGCAACAUUGUUAGCGAAGGAAGCACAGUAACCUAUUCUCGCGUAUCGAAAACAGAUAACGACCAACUGAUUACCACACCACCAGGUGCAAAGAAAGAUCACUCAAACGGCGAAGUGGUGCGGCAGCUCUGUGUAGCAGCAGGAAGUAGCAGAGCACCACCAUCGGGUGAACUCGUACGGUUCAAUGUUCAUAUUAUUGGUGUGAGAGACGCAGAGAACUCAAGAGCUAUAGGAUGGGUGCGUUUUUGGAGAAGCCGAUGACAGCCAAGCACAACGAGCAUGGCGAGGGCAACGGUCUGCGGUUCGGGGUAGGUUCGAUGCAGGGCUGGCGCUGCGAAAUGGAAGAUGCACAUUACGCCAAGACGGGUCUCGGGGACGGUUUGGAUGACUGGAACUAUUUUGCAGUGUUCGAUGGUCACGCUGGACACAAAGUGGCAGACCACUGUGCGAAAAAUCUUCUGCAGUCGAUUAUACGAACACAGGAAUUUAGCAAUAAUGAUAUCACGAAAGGUAUUCAUUCCGGGUUUUUGAAGUUGGACGAAACGAUGCGGGAUAUUCCGGAGCUGGCCUCCGGAGCAGACAAAUCCGGUACCACGGCUGUCUGUGCAUUCAUUUCCGGUCAUAAUGUUUACAUUGCAAACUGUGGCGACUCGCGAGCUGUGCUCUGUCGCAACUGUGCACCGAUCUUCUCCACUCAGGAUCACAAACCCAUACUUCCCGGGGAGAAGCAACGAAUUCAGAACGCCGGCGGAACGGUAAUGAUUCAGAGGGUGAACGGAAGUCUCGCGGUGUCGCGAGCGCUCGGUGAUUACGACUUCAAAAACGCAAAAGAUCUGGGCCAGUGCGAACAGUUGGUUUCGCCCGAGCCGGAAAUUUUCUGCCAAGAUCGCGAUCCCACUGACGAGUUCCUGGUGCUUGCCUGUGACGGUGUGUGGGACGUUAUGAGCAAUGACAACCUCUGCCAUUUUAUACACAGUCGGAUGCUGAUAUCGGACAACCUGGAGGACAUCGCGAACCAGGUGAUCGACACGUGUCUGCACAAGGGAAGCCGCGACAAUAUGAGCAUAAUCAUCAUUGCAUUCCCGGGUGCGCCAAUGCCCAACGAGGAAGCCAUCAAGAAGGAAGAGAAGAUGGAAGCUGCCCUGCGCAAGAAGAUCGAAGAAAUCGUUGCCGAGAUGGGCCCGAACGUGGAGUACGGUCUGCUGCUGAAACGGUUGGGCGAGGAAGUUAUUCUGGAUCUACCCCCGGGUGGAGGUCUGGACGCCAAGUGUUCAUUCGUGUCGAAAGUAUUCCAGGAGCUGUGUCCGAAGCUGGCGGAAACAUGCGAAGUGGGUAGCUAUUGAGGCAGCGGUGGUUUCUGGACGUCACGUGGGGUCGCCGAAUUGCGGCUGUCCAGGCUGAGACAGGAACAGCGGGAUGUGUUUUUAGCGGAAAUAACAAAAAAUCAUAUUCAUGUAUAGGAGGAGGAAGAGGAGGAGAAGGCAAGCGCGAGGGACUACUACAACCAUGGGAAAUGAAUGAGACAGAGAGAAAGAGCGAGAGAGAGAGAGAUUAAGAGCAUCGUGAAGGGGUCGCAAAGUUUGUCUUCGGACGUAGAGUUAUGAAUAAUAUUACACACAUAUACAUAAUCCGAUUUUUAGGUUGUUCAUUUGGUUUUCGUUUCUUAUUUUUCGAAGAUGCGUCUCGAUAGAAUCACUAUGUAAAGAGGUAAAAUACUAGAGCUUAACAAAGGAUUAAAAUAAUACAGCCAGCCGAUUAUUGGAGGAACUAUAAUAAUCAUUCAUUAAUCCAAGGUAAGGGCAGAUCGAGUGUAUGUCAUCAGACGAGAAUGGGAUUGGCUAGAUAGGAUCACUCCUUAAAAUCAACCAUUGAUGUCUCGGAAAGUAAGGCCGAAUAUUGAUGGCUGCACAAUUUGGCACCUUAUACAGGUGAUAGCUAUCAUAUACACUACACGUAAAAAUUGGAUUGAAUAUGUGCCAAAAUAGCGCGGCUAGCACGAAUAGGUCUUGAUGUGCGUAUGGCGAUGGAUACCUUUUAAACACUCUCUUAGGAGGUAACGUUCACAGGGGGUAAUUAGGAGCUUUUUCCUUACUCUUCUGAAUGAAUCAACUUGAAUCAUUUUUAUGAGCCACCGCGGGGGCAUGGAAUUUUGAUAAAUUUUAGAAGAAUUUUAAUAGUGUUUACAAAUUUCUGAGUUUCUGAACGUCUAUUACGUUGUAUUUUUUUUUUCUGGAAAUAGAAUUAAAGAAGAGAAAAAAACAAUCUUCAAACGUAAGAUUGUUUCUGUAGAAUAUUCGUUCCGUUUUCACAAACUGUCUUUUUUUGGAGGGUACUUUUCAUAUUACUUGGAAGCAUAACAUUGAAUCAAAACAUUGAAAACCAUUUAUCUUGUACAACCCAAUGAAACCAGGUUUCAAAUUAACCGAUUAUGUGUAUAUUGGAUUCUUGUCGUGCGACUUUUUUACGUGAUUUUAUAAACAAUUUUUUACUCGGUUUCCUUGAAAUUACACGAUUUGUUAUUUGAGACGUGAUUUGUUUAAAAUUAAUAUUUGACACGAUGUGUCCAACCAUAAUUCUACAGUAUGAGCAGUUUUGUCCAACGAAAAUGGCCAAGAGACACCACAACAUGGGUGAUUUUGGAAUCGGCUCGGAUGUCCAGCAAUGAUUUUUGGAAUCAUUGUGGAAUCUAAAAUAAGGACAUCUGGUCAAACAAACUAAAACCGGAAGUCAGUCAUCGGGAAUGGUCAUGGGACCCCACAAUGUCUAAAUUUUUAGAAUCGUAUUGAUUAGCUAAUAUUCAAUAUUGCUCUUUGAGACCAUUUUGGGAUGCAAAAUCUAAUUUCCGGUUAACUAAAAAAACAAAAAUUAACCGGAAAUUAACAAUAGACCACACAACGGUAACGUUUUUGAAAUCGUUUAGACCAGUAAUAUUUGGAGUCAUUUUGGAAUCCAAAAUGGCCACUUCUGAUUGGCCAAAUCGAACAGGAUAUAAUUCGAAAAUUGCUGAGACCCCACAUGGGUAUUUUAGAAUAGUGUAUAGAUCUCUGAGGUCAUUGUGAAAUUUAAUAUGAUGACUUCCAGGUAGCAAACCCAAACCAGAAGUCAACUGAAAAUGACCUGGGUCAUUUUGGAUUCCAAAAUAGCGAUCUCCGGUUCACUAAAUUGAACCAUAUGUUAGUCGGGAAUGGCUGAGUAAUUCUAAAAAAGUCGGCUCAAUCUGUAAAAGUCAAAAAAGGGUUUUGGAAUUAAAAAUGGCAUCUUCUGGUUCAUUGAUUCUAACAAGCUAACGCAGUAAGCAAAUUUUCCAAAGAUUUGUGCAGCUCCUUGUAUCGAGCCAUACAACAUUUGAGGUAAUCAGGGAUGCACGUUCUACAUAGGGAUCGUUAUCGAAGAUAGGGGUGUGCCAGUUGUCAGUCUCAACCCUUCUUGCAAUUUGUCAACAUUCAUUUCCCGAACCGAUCUCUUAGCGAGAACUACUUCUUGCUCCGAGUGUUGUAGCAUGUCAGAAAGGUCCUCAUCACCUAGUACCGGUUCCCUACAUAACUCCUCAACAUCGUCGCGAGUCAUCAUCUUCCCCGCAUGGACAAAAAAAAUAUUUUCAGAGACGUCAUUUGUCUCUACAACAUGUAGACGAUUGUUCUCACACCCAAGCCAGAUGCGCCUCCAACAAGCAUUGAGUGUAGAGGGCAUUUUAUAUGCGAUAGCUGCACCAAUAUGUUUGAUUACUUCCAUAGCAGAGUGAGCGAUUAUCAGAUUUCCGGGGGUAUUAUUGACCAGCAGAAGAGCAUAAAAAUGACGAUCUUUCUUUUUCAAAUAAGUUGACGUUUGGGUUGUACAUUCCGUCAAACCGCUGCUUGAAUACAGCUGUCGUAACUUAUGCUUCCCGGUUUGCCAUAUAUUUUGCCCCUUCCUCGCACGAGGUCGCAAAGAACGGUGAAUCAGUAAGGACUUUAAAAGCCUCUCUCACGAUGCAUUGCUGUAGAAAAAAAAGAGUGAUUCUAUCUAUUGCUAGCUUUGAAUCCACCCGUCGUUUUCUUAUUUUUGGCCAGAUACGUGGGAGAUGACAUUUCCUUUCAUCAAAGGCUAUUCUCGUCCGCGUUGAAGACCUACCGGUCUCGUCUUCUUUAACGCAUUCCCGAUUUCAAAAAGUCCAUUAUUCAUUCAUUUCAAAAAUCCAAAAAACCAACCACACUGAACAAUUUUUUUCCGUCACUCUUGCUCAAAGACGGUUCUUGUUCAACAAGGGCGUUAUAUUCUCUCUUAUGGUUGGACCAUCAUGUGGAAGCCUUUUAUUCAUGUUAUUGAUAAACAUGACAGAUCAUGUAGUUUAUCGAAGUCUACGCUGAUAUGUGUGUAUUUUUAGGCCACCACACUAAUGAAACAUAUGUUAGUCUGGGUCACACUAUUGCCGAGUAAAUCCAGUGAGUCAUUCUCGGUUUCAGUCCACACUUUUUCCUGAAUAUACUACUACAAGACCAGAGCGCUUAGAUAUGGCAUACACUAUUCGGUCGUUCCAAUUUAGGUUUUGGUCAAACAUGACAUCCAAACAUUUCCAGCUGUUACUGCAUUGCGAAUUGUUUUCUCAUUUUUUUUCGUCGAUCUCACCGUAAAAUCGCUCAGCUUGAACAUUUUCCUCACUGCAGCCGGACUCUCUUCUUGACUAGAACAGUCCAAUAUUUCGAUCUUCGUCUCCAAUGUUUUGGACCGUCUCGUGUGUUUCUCCACAUUAGCCGUAGCAGUAACUGUUUUCCAAUUGAAAAAUCAACUAAAACGAAUGAGCGAAAUGCCAGGAAUGCUAGUCAACUUUUCUUGAAUUCCCUGUAAAAGUGGAAAACCGGUAGACUACACAAACUCAACAAUGCAAUUUGUUCUUGUUUUGUCUGGCAGCUAGUGAUGUUGCGUAGCAGAGCUGCCAAAUGUUUUUUUCUCAACAUGUAUUGUCCGCCUUGUCAAUUUCCAGAUGCACUGGAGGCGAGAGCUAAGGUCGUCAUUUUUUGAUCGAAUCACUAAAAAAAACAAUCAAAUAAGGAAUGUUUUCCCAGUUUCUCCUGGCACAUCUAAAAAUAAUGGGCUCUAUUAUGAAAAUCGAUUCGAUAGAAAUUUUGUUCGUCAGCUCUAGUUUACUAUUAUAGAUACCGAGCAAGUCGAGAGCAUCGACCGAGUGAAAGCUAUCGGUGCAAUUGUCUGAAUUUUUCGAGCAAGCCAAACGACUUGCAUAUCUUCAGAGAAUUAUUUUUGUUUUGGUUUGUGUCCCUGAUAUUUUCCUGUGAAUAACAUUUCAGAAACGCUUAGAUAUAUACAAUUGCACACAACAAUUGUAUAAACAAUAAACACACGAAAUUCGAGCUCGGCUAGAGAUUAUCUCGAUUUACAAAAUACGAAAUUUUUCUCGGUGUGGUGGUGCUAGUGUUUGUAUUGACUUCUCGGUUAGAUUUUCAUAAGGGGACCAAUUUCUCCGAUUAUCGUUACGUCUGACUUUCUUUCGCCCAAAGUCAGAGUGUGCCUAGUACACGGUGCUAGUGCCUCUGAAAGUGUACUGAUAAGCUACUCGAAAUGUAGCAUUUUUAGACCUCUUACGGGAUGCACUUCACCUUCGACUCACAGCUUUUGCGGAGGAAAUCUCUCCGUAAUUGACAUGAUCGAGACAGUGCUACCCAAGUAUGGAAAAGUUCAUUCGCUCGCCUUAUUAUAAUUCACUCUUGUAUCUACUUGGAAUAAUCAUGGCGAAAAGAAUGUGAGAUUGCACGAUGAAUAAUUUUUCACUCUCCGACCAUCUUUAUUCGGGACUGAGAGUAAACAUAACAAAAAAAAGAGUGAAAAAACAUUCUAUGCAUGAAUACUCCUUUGGAAGGAUCGCACGAAACAAAAUAACGAGUUAGUCAAAAUAGACUCAAUCUAUGUAUGAUUUGUAUGUAUGGUUUUAUUUUCCCUUGUUUCCUUGCCAACAUUCAAGUGCACAUCAAUCUACCUUCCUGCUCACCAAUAACGUGCGUUAAUAUGGUCUUUUGAGUUCGCUUAGAACGUUCCAUACAAGAAACAAAAAAGUGUAAUUGCAAUAGUGCACAGGAAACAACUCGAUUUCAACUAUCUACAGGAAAACCUUUUUUUGGGCGGUUUUUUUCGUGCGAUUUUUUGUGCAGUUUUUGUCCGUGUGCGGUUUUUUUGUGUGGAAUAUGAAAAGAAGCGUAUUUGACGAAGUAAUCGUCCAUUUAUUUUUUUCGAUGGUUUAUAUGCAUUUCAGUGCGAACAAAGCAUAUUUGCGUCUAAAUUUUCCACUUCUCAAAUCAUUCUCAUCUUUUCAUCAAAUGCUCUAAGUUGUGCAUGACAUGAUUUCUAAUAGUAAACAAAUUUCGACAUGCAACUAAAAGCACAACAGAACCAUGCUCAACCGAAAAGGCAAACUGUCCCAUCGCAAAGCAGGGAAACAAAAGAAAAUCGAACGGCGAACGGUGAACGGCGUGGUUUUGAGUUAUUUUCUUGGGGAAAACUUUUUUUAUGCGGUCCCUAACCCCCGUACGAAAAAAAGGUUUGCAUAUACCUAUAUUUUACGGCCGCGAUCGAGGCUUCAAUGAUUGCUACUUGAGUGAAAAACGAAUGAUUUUACAGAAACACAUAUUUUACGGCCGCGAUCGAGGCUUCAAUGAUUGCUAUUUGAGUGAAGAACGAAUGAUUUUACAGAGACACUCGCUGGCUCAAGCAAAAGCUUGCAAUUCGAUUCUCUCACUAUCUAACGUCAUUCUGAGAGGCAAAUGAGAGAAUGCAAAAUUCUCUGAGAAUAGAUGAGCGGAAUCGAAACAGUAUUUUUCCGUUCAACUCGAAAAUUAAAUUUGCGAGGACGAUGGGCCUGAUCACGAAUGCCAUUUCACAGUGAAAACAAAAUGAAGUGCACAUAACCUUGCAUACAAAUCAUUUCGUUUUCACCGUAAAGUGACGUUCGUGAUCAGACCCGAUAAGUGAAUGUUUUCUGUCUCAAAUAAAGUGAGGCAUGUACGGAGAAUAGAAGGGUGAGUUUUAUCUGUGAAUGAGUGUUGUUGAACGAAUUUCGAUGCGAUUUUUCCCCAUACCUGAUCGUAUAUUCGGCAAGUUUCAGUAUGACGUAAAACCGUGCCGAUUCUGCUAGUGCCAUUGAUAUUCAUCGCACAACAGUUGCUGUUGCUUUCAGCGUUUCCACGGAAUACAUAGGAAUUGUUCUCCUAACGUACCUCCGGGCCAUGAUAAAUACUAGAACAAAAAGUUCGAAUCACAAUUAGAAAUUGAUCGAUCCAUAUAUUUGUUGAAACUUCCCCUAAACAUCGUAGCGGAGAACAUACUUGGACACCUGAAACGAAAACGACGGUACGAGUGGUUCGAUGAUGAGUAUCAGCAAGCGCUAUACAAGGUGAACGUUACGCUAAAGCUAAUGCUGCGUCAAGCUACCCGUCAGAACGUGGAACGAUAUAGACAGAAGCGGAGACAGCAAACCCAACUCUUCAGGGAGAAGAAGUGUCGCCGUGAAGAUGGGGAGUUGAGAGAACUCGAACAGCUGCACCGCUCUCAUAAGUCGCGAAGGUUCCACCGGAAACUCAAUGCAUCCCGAAAAGGCUUCUUGACACGUGCAGAAAUGUGUCGGAAUAAGUAUGGUAGUAUCCUGACGACCGAACGUGAAAUAGCCGCAAGGUGAAGGCAGCACUUCGAUGAACAGCUGAAUGGCGUACAGGCAGAGGACCAAGAUAACCCACCCCCAACUAUAGGUGAAGUUAAGAAUGCUAUCAAAAAGGUUAAGAACAACAAAUCAACUGGAAGUUGACAUCGGAGCGAAACUUAUCAAAAUGGGCCCUUUGGUUAAUUAUCUGCAUCGACUGAUUGUCCGAAUUUGGGAAACAGAACGUCUAUCGCAAGAGUGGGAAGAUGGUGUUAUUUGCCCUAUCUUCAAGAAAAACGACAAUCUAGACUGUGAAAACUUUCGUGCAAUCACCGUCCGUCCUAAGUACUUUCCCAAAUCGUCUUCCGUCGUCUAUCGUCUACUGACCAAAUCUUCAUCUUGCAUCCUCCAGAAAUACCGUGAGUACAGAGUCCCAACGCAUCAUCUAUUCAUCGACUUUAAAGCCGCAUAUGUUUCAAUAACACGAAAAGAGCUAGGGAGAAUCAUGGACGAAAAUGGCUUCCCCGGGAAGCUUACAAGACUGAUUAAGGCUACGAUGGAUAGAAUACCGUGCUGUGAGCGACUAUCGGGUGAAUUAUCUGAUUCAAUCGAGUGCCGGAGGGGGCUUCGUCAAGGUGAUGAUCUCUCUUGCCUGCUGUUCAACAUUGCGCUAGAGGGUAUUAUGAGAUGAGCGACGCUUAACAUGCGUGGUACGAUUUUCAAUAGAUCCAGUCAAUUCAUUUGCUUUGCUGAUGAUGUAGACAUUAUCAGCAGGACAUUUGAGACGGUAGCUGAACAUUACACCAGACUCAGGCACGAAGCAGGGAGAGUUGGACUGAAAAUCAAUGCGUCUAAAAUCAUGCUAGCUUCCGGAUCCGAGCAGGACAGGACCCGAUUAGGUAGAAGUGUAGUGAUGGACGGCGACGAAUUCGUUGCAAAGGACCAAUUUGUCUACCUUGGCUGAAUGGUAACGUCUGACAAUGAUACCAGUCGCGAGAUCCGGAGACGCAUUAUCAAUGAGAGUCGUACCUACUAUGGUAUCCACAAACACUUAAGGCCAAACACACUUAACAAUCGUGCGAAAUGAUUCCUGUACAGAACACUCAUAAGACCGGUCGACUGGCACGAAACGUGGACAAUACUCGAAGAGGUCCUGCGAGCACUCGGAGUCUUUGAAGUAAAGAUUUCUUUGGAAAAUUAUUCUUUAUUUCCAUAUUCUUGCAAAAUUUUAAUGAACUUAUUCAUGAAACAGUGGUGUGAAAACCGCGCUUCGCGUUGCACAACAUGAUGUUAUCGUAGUCACGUAAAUGUACUUCGCUUCUAACUAUGAAUAUCAUUGUCAUGAGUGUCAUUUUCAAUCUUAUGGUCGCCGGAUUGUUAAUAAAAUAUUCAACCAGGAUACUUUUUUUCGUUUGGAUAGUCGCUGUGGGAGUACUUUGUUUUUCUUUUUUUCAUAUUUUCCAAUUACAGUAAACAUUCGCUAACUGGGCGAAAAGGGAAGACCAGUUAUCGACAUUCGCGUUUUAACUGGUCCGGCAUGGAAAACGUCAAAUAAAAUAGAGGGGAACUUCAAUGAAUUGUUUAAUUCGCGUUGAUCAUGAAAUUGGAUAAACAAAAGGAUUUCAAUGGAAGUUUCGCAUUGAAUGCGACAACAGGUAUGAAAUAUAAUUUGAGGAAAUUAUUUUUCUGUAAUUUAUUCAAUGCUUUUGUCAUGCGAAAAUAAUGUCAAUUUUCAUAACAUUUCAAAUUACACUCGAAUGCCCCUCACAGCAAAUCUUCCAUUUAAAUAUGGCGUCGAUUGUUCACGAAAUUCUGCCUUUUCACUGGUCCAAGGACCUGUUAACGUUCGCCCAGUUAAAAAGCAGACCAGUUAAACCAGGACCAGUUAGCGAACGAUUGCUGUACUUCAUUUUGGAAGCCCUGAAUCUUGAACGUUCGAAACAAAAAUCGUGUAGAUUGUGCAUCGUACUUUUAUCUAGCCAAAUUCCGGAAAAAAAAAGAUUAAGCAGGAACAAAAUAUCAGCAAGCCAAACAACACAACAGCUGAACAUUUAGGGUAAUAAAGUGCUUGUUUGCAUUACACGGGUGUCGGGAAAGAGACAACCACAACAUCUGUACUCAAGCAAAAACAAAAAGCAAGGUUUGUCUCUGGCAUAAUAAAUAAAGUAAACAGCUAACUUGUUAUAUACAAUUUUGAAAGUAAAUGCAAAAUGAGAAAAAAAAAUGAUAGACAAAAAAAAACACAUUACAAAACAACAUUCACUCACAUACAUUCACUACAAAACAAACAAAAACAAAACAUUUCAGCAUGAUACAUUCAAAGCAAACUAGCGAAGGAGAAGGUGGAGAAACAGUAGAGCAAAAGAAGAUAAAUAUUGUAGAAGAUUAUAUAUAAAAACCAGCAUUGUUCGUUCGGUUCAAUGCUUGAACUUCAGUUUAAAAAUUACACGUAGGCUUAGGGAAAUGGAAAGAAACAUUCUCAAACACACGGAUGGUGAAACAAAACUAGUAAACAAAUGUGGUGUUAUGUUUAAGGCAAGACAAAAGCGGGAAAAACAUAAAACAACUAUGAACGAUAGAUUUGAUGAUAAUUCUGCUAAUUUUAUCCCACGCGAUUUGGAGCGAACGAAUCAGAAAACAGCAGAAAAAAAGGAAAGAUAAAUGCUAAUAAUAUUAUAUACAACAAACAAUAUAGAUGAUCAUUUUAGUCGAUAAGAAAGUGAGAUAGAGAUUCGGAAACCUGAGCUAUCCCCCGAAUAAAUGGUGUUUUGCGCUUAUGUGUGCGAUCUUUGUCCGUGAAAUUGCCGAGCGAUUGGGUAUUAUUCCUAGCUGUUCCAUUGAAAUUACUGUUCUUUUGUUUUCUUUUUCUAUUUUUAGUUCGAGAGAUGAUGAUUACAAAACAAAGUAGAAUAGGUUUUUUUCUUGGAUAAUUUUGUUGUUACUUUUAGUUAUCGGUAUGAUUAUGAUUAGUAAUAGAAUACCUCGAUUUACUUAACGAAAUGCGAAAACGGCAGACACGCGUAGAAACACUGAGUGUAGAAAAUAUCAAAAAAGUUGUGCAGUUCAGUUGUGUACACCUACAAAAGAUGGAAAUAUAGUGAAACAAUCUAUUUUUGCCUGAGGAUAAAGAAUACUUAUUAGAUUCCACAGAGAACUGUCUGAGUUUAUGCAUGCCGAAACCAGUGAAUAGCAUGCAAAUGCUCCAUUUUGCUAGAAAUCACCUCACACACAUCCAAUACAAACAUGAGGAGUAUAAGUGGACAUAGCUUUUCAAACUGGAGCUGACGUGCAUAGUAACUGAGAGACGGAUACUGAAAAUGACUAUUGAACAAUACCAUUUCCAAUAUCGAAAAAUAUACAUAAGAACCUGGUAUUUAUUAUUAAACAAAAAAAAACAAACUUGUAAAUGGGCAAACAGAACAAAUAGAGUUGGUGUUUUAUUACUAA